AUGGCCGCUCAAUCUGAGACUUCAAGUCUGCUGGGAAAGGCAAUCGGCGACGAGACAGAAGAUCGGGGUUAUGGGGCGGUUCAAAGUGACCCCGAGAGCGCACCGGCAGCUGUACCGAUCGAAGGCGAGGAAAGACGAUACAGCAAUGCUUUCAUUGCGAGGACAGUAAUAGCGCUCCUGAUAGGUGCGUUUACUGCCAACGCAGAUGGCUCUCUUGUGAUGGCAACCCAUCCAGUAAUCGGUUCGGAGUUCAAUGACUUGGAGAAUUCGAGCUGGCUAUUUAUUGGCUUUAUGCUUGCUGGGUCGGCAACUCAGUCACUUUACGGUAAACUAAGUGACAUUUUCGGACGAAAAUCACUCAUCUUGUUAUGUUACGGUUUUUUUGCUAUCGGGUGUGCUUUGGUCGGCGUAGGCCAAACUCUAUUGCAAGUGAUUGUUGGCCGUGUAAUAUCAGGCUCGGGAGGAGCUGGAAUGACAGUUCUUACCGCUCUUAUCAUUACAGACCUUGCCCCCUUGAGGGAAGUGGCCGCUUGGCAGAGUUACCUCAACAUUGUUGCUACAACUGGCAGAAGUAUUGGAGGACCCGUGGGAGGCUGGUUGACAGACACAAUUGGCUGGAGAUGGUCAUUCCUUGGUCAAGCUCCCAUCUUUGCCAGCGCCGCUGUCAUAUGCUGGAUUAUCUUGCCGUCAUUGAAGCAGAAACCCAUAUAUGGGGCUGAAUUAAAGCUGAGAAAUCAACUCGGUCGAAUAGAUUUUGCAGGGGCUGCGUUACUCGGCCUCGGCAUUUUUUCUCUAAUGUUACCUCUUGAGAUUGGAGGGUCGAAGCUAGCCUGGAGCCAUCCAUUGAUUAUCGGUCUCUUCAUCACUGGAACUGUCCUUUUAGGAACCUUUUUGGUCGUGGAAGAAUAUUGGGCAAAAGAACCGAUCUUUCCGGUGCGACUUUUGCGCAAUAGGAACGUGGUUCUCGUAUAUCUUAUAUCGGGCUGUCAAAUGGCAGCACAGCUGACGAUGAUGUUUAGUGUGCCGCUGUACUUUCAGGUCACCCAGCGAACAUCCAGCACAGUUGCAGGAGCUCAUCUCUUCCCUGCAGUAGCCGGAAAUGCCAUUGGAGCGUUAGCUGUCGGUCAGAUCAUCAAGCGUACUGGUCGCUACAAGAAUCUUAUAGUCUUUGCCACAUUCGCCGGCAUCGUCUGCUAUUCCCUCCUUAUCCUCAGGUGGCAGGGUCAGACUAAUUGGGUCGAAUCCAUGUAUAUCAUUCCGGGCGGUCUGGGUACUGGGAUGGCUCAGAGUGCUCUUUUCGUUGCGCUUCAGGCUUCUAUCGACCCCAAGGACAGGGCGCCAGCAACGUCUGCACUUUUCCUGGUUGGCCCAACGGGAGCUACUGUUGGUAUGGCGAUAGGAAGUGCUUUGAUUGUCCGUGGUCUCCGCAACGGGCUCUUCGCAAGACUAACUGCGCUUGGUCUUAACCCGAGCCACAUUCACGAGAUCGUUGACGCGGCAGCAUCGAACGUGGGUUUUCUCGAUCGGGCCUCUAGUGAUGUAGCAAAAGCUGCUGUGGAAUCGUAUAUCGAGGGGAUUGAAUAUAGUCAUUACGUAUCCCUUGCAUGUUCAACGGUGGGCUUUGUUGCGGCUGUGUUCUUGAGGGAGCGAGCACUCCGCAAGUGA